AUGACCCAAUAUGAUCAUAUUGCUACAAACUAUUUAGCAUCCAAAUUAAAUAGUAGUUUUCGUGAAGAUGUUGAGUAUCAUUCAUUUGUUCAUCGUCUAGUAUUACGAGCAUUGAAUAUCAAAGAUGCGACGAUAAUUAAUCUGCAUCAAGUUCUUGCAGAAUACCGUAUUUUAGAUCUUGGCUGUGGUGCAGGAUAUUUAACACGAAAACUUAGAGAAGAACUUGGCUGUAAGGAUAUUGUUGGUAUUGAUAUAAGUUCAGCUAUGAUUGCUAUUGGUCGUGCCUGUGAAGAAGCUCACCCUCUUGGUAUUAUUUAUCAUGUCUCAGAUGUACAACAUUUGGUAAAACCGGAGAAAAAGUUCGAUUUUGUCGUUGCCUUUUAUCUACUUAAUUAUGCCAAGACACGUGAAGAACUUGAUCGGAUGGUACAGGUUAUUGGUGAGCAUUUGACUGGUAGUGACAAAGGUUACUUUCUCAGUAUAACUGGUAAUGUAUGUGCUGGUGAAAAUGCUCUCGAUCCGGAUAGAUAUUGCAAAUAUGGUUACCGAUGUGAGGUGGAAACACCGCUCGUUGAUGGGGCUCAAAUCAAAAACAUACAUUUCAAUCCGGAUUCUACGUCAUUUUCAUACAUAACGUAUUAUUUUUCACCUAGAAUUUAUGAAGAAGCAUUUCAGAAAGCUGGCUUUAAAUAUUUCGAAUGGGUGCCCGUGGAAACUGCGUCUGAAUUACAGAAGUAUGAAGAUCUCCUCAAAUGUCCUCCUGUGAUUGGCAUUUUAGCUCAUAAAUAA